AUGAAGCAAGGUCAAGUGUUUGAGCUUCAAGAACCUGUGAACCUGACAUGUGCUUUGGAGGAAACUGAUCAUAGAGGGUGGUUUCCACUGCACAAGGCUGCAGCUUGGCCAAUUCCACAGAUACUUGCAGUCAUUUUAGAUGCCUCUUAUGAAACAAUGUUGGAAUACAAAACAUGCAAUGGAGAAACAGCAUUAAACUUGACAGCAAAAGCUGGCUUUGUGGAAAAUGUAUGAAUGUUACUGGAAAACAGUGUUUAUCCCAAUACCUCAAAUUACAAAGGAGAAACUCCACUUCUUAUUGCUACAAGAAGGGGCUCUUUUGAAAUGGUAUCCACUCUGAUUAAAUACAACUAUACUAUCUACCAGCUGUGCAUGAAAUGUUGGUCAGCAAUGCAUGAAGAUGCCAAACAGAGAUGCAAAGACAUUGUUGAUCUUCUGAAGAAUGGUGGAAAUGUGAACAUUAAGGGUGAAUAUUGAGUAACACCAUUAGAUGUUGCUGAUGAAUAUGGUCAAUGUGAUGUGCUGGAGCAUCUUAAUCGUAAAGGUAUGUUCUGUAUCCUCCUUCAGUGUGGAGAUGUCCAGGCCUUAGCAGAUGAUCAUGCAUCAGUACUGUUUAAAGUAGCUGGAGGAGGUAAUCCAGACUGCAUAGCCCUUCUUUUGGAAUAUGGAGGAAGGGGUAAUGUGCAUAAUGAGGCCAGACUGCUUCCCAUACACAAAGUGAUUUUGAAAUUACGACUUGAUAUAUUGUCUCUUUCAGAUUACAUGGAUUUUGUUCCUUCAUGCAUAAGAAUGAAGUUUUUUCUAGAAACACAGGAAGAAGGGACAGAGAUACAUCAGAUUUUAGAUAAUCCUUUCUUUUUGAAACAUCUGUGUCGCCUGAAAAUAUGUAAACUCAUGGGGUUAAAGAGACUCCAGAAACUGUCAUCCAUGAAGAAAUUUCCACUUCCACCAGUUCUCAAGAACUUAAUUCUAUAUAAAAAAUAUGAUCUGUAUGGAGAAGGGAUGUAUUUAGAAUAGUUUUUAAAAAUAACUGUAUACAGUGUGUAAUUUGACUAAUUUCUUCAUUUUUUUAUGAACUGAAGAACUGUUUGAUGUUUCAUAUACCUUCCCAACGUUCUGAUUUUUUUGUUAGUUGUUCUUUUAUGGGAACAAAUUUCAUUUCAAAAUUAAAAUGUUAAAACUCAUGUUUUAACACAAUAUUGUUCUAUCCAAAUAUAGGCUAAAUCAGAAUAUGGGUAUUGUAGUAAUUAUGUAUAACAGUAUAUUCUAAAUGGGAAUUCAGAUGAAUAAAUGAUAAAAGAAGAAUUUUCAUGAUGGACUUCCAAAUAAAGAUGAGAAAUAUGGUUGCUACUCUC